AUGACGGCGCUGGCCAACGGCGCGCUCGCCGCCAUCCCCACGGUCAGCAUCCCGCUGCACUACUACUACGGCGGCGGCCACAAGAUCGCCACCAACCUCAUCAACCCGGGCUCCAACACGCCCGUCGAGGUCGUCUUCGACCAGGGCUCCGAGAACUUCUGGGUCUUCGGCCCCGGCGCCGUCAACAACUGGGGCUGCACCGGCUUCUUCUGCCCGGGCCAGUGCAACGCCACGGCCGAGCCCUUCUACGACUUCCCCAACAGCCCGUCCGCCUCCAAGCCCGAGCCGUUCCCGUCCAUGUACGCCUACGGCGCCUACACCAAGAUUGUGCAGGGCCAGGAGUCCGUCAACGACACCUUCCACUUCGCCUCGGACUCGGGCCUCACCUCCACCGUCGACGCCCGCGUCGCCAUCGCCACCUACAUGCAGCAGCGCCUGCUCGACGGCGGCCAGUGCAUCCCGGCCGCCUACGACCUCGGCAUCCUCGGCACCGCGCCCUUCUACCGCACGGCCGAGUGGAACACGACGGGCCCUCACGUCCGCCAGGACCUCCUCGAGAGGGGCGUCAUCAGCGCCCCCGUCCAGAGCAUGUGGUUCGACGAGGCCCCCGCCGAGUGGAACGGCACCUUCACCGGCAACGCCGUCUUCGGCGCCGUCGACCUCUCCAAGUUCACCGGCGACCUCGUCAAGGUCGCCCACGUCAAGAACGACGGCCUCGGCGCCAGCGUCGGCUACUUCGUCGCCCCGCCCGUCGUCAAGAUCGGCGCCGCCUCCUUUGACAACUCGGAGCUGACGACGCGCUCCUGCAUGAUCGACUCGGGCACCCAGAUCAACGACCUGCCCGUCAGCUCCGCCGUGCUCGACUCCUUCAUGGCCGCCGCCGGCCUGACCAGGGACUCCAUCGGCCACGUCGCCUGGAACGGCAGCUGUGACUCGGUGCCCCGGGACGCCACCAUCGACCUCGAGUUCGCCGGCGUCGCGGGCAAGUCCGUCACCAUCAAGACGCCCGUCCGCAACUACAUCCGCAACAACGCCGACAGCGAGCCGGGCUUCUGCGCUCUCAACAUCGACACGGGCGGCUGCAUGCUCGGCGCGCCCUUUGCCACCUCCGCCUUCUUCGCCGCCAACGACGCCGAGAACGAGAUUGCCCUGGCCCAGGGCGGUGUCUCCAAGAGGGGCGACAAGGCUGACGAAGCGUCUCUGUCUCUCACGAUCCCCAACUGA